UCCAGCAGAGAGCCUCCUCUGAGCUGUUGCUGCUGUCUGAAGUCAUUGAUCCUGACAUAUAUCUCUUAAAGGUGGAAGUUCUGGGAAGAUAAUUAAUUCAUUUUUUAAUUUUUUAAAAAUUUUUUUAAAAGGCAGCCAUGAUCAGCCGUAACUUCAAGAAUGUGAUUGUUGUCUCUGUCGGGUUUCUGUCUCUGUUCACGGCUUACGGAGGCCUGCAGAGCCUACAGAGCAGCCUGAAUGCAGAGGAUGGGAUGGGCGUGGCGUCUCUGAGCGUCAUCUAUGCCUCCAUCAUCAUCUCCUCCAUGUUCCUGCCUCCCAUCAUGAUCAAAAACCUGGGCUGUAAAUGGACCAUCGUUGCCGGCAUGGCCUGCUACGUCUCCUACUCCUUUGGAAACCUUUACCCAGGAUGGUACACCCUCAUCCCCACCUCCGUUAUCCUGGGUUUGGGUGGUUCUCCUCUGUGGUCGGCUAAAUGCACCUACUUGACCAUCUCCGGUAACUUGCAGGCUCCCAAGGACGGCAAAAAGGGCUCGGAUGUCAUCAACCAAUAUUUCGGCAUCUUCUUUUUCAUCUUUCAGUCGUCUGCUGUGUGGGGGAACCUCAUGUCGUCGCUCAUCUUCGGACAGGACACCAAUAUAGCUAACAUCCCAGAGGAGCAGCUGAAGCACUGUGGAGCGGCUGACUGCGGCCUCGUCAUCAACACCACCGGCACCGCCCCCACCAGACCGGCACAGGAACUAGUGUGGACACUCGUUGGAUGCUACAUCGGUGUGGGUGUGCUAGCCAUGAUCAUUGUGGCAGUGUUUCUGGACAAUAUUGACCAGGAGCAUACUCGCGAGUUUCGUGGGAACCGGGAGCCGUUCUGCCACACGUUCCUAGCCACAUUCAGACUGCUGAAGGACUGGAGGUUGCUGACCCUCAUCCCCCUCACCAUGUACAGUGGCUUCGAGCAGAGCUUCCUCUCCGGGGAGUACACAAAGAACUAUGUGACGUGUGCGUUGGGGAUCCACUAUGUCGGCUUUGUGAUGAUGUGUUUUGGAGCUUCCAAUUCGCUUUGCUCUUUUCUCUUUGGGAGACUUGCAAGGUACAGUGGGAGAGCUCCACUCAUCUGCCUAGCUGCACUGUCCAACUUCGGCUGUAUCAUUGCUCUGCUGUACUGGCGGCCUGAUCCUGACCAGCUGCCGGUCUUUUUUGUAUUUCCUGCUCUGUGGGGCAUGUCAGACGCUAUCUGGCAAACUCAAACCAAUGCUAUUUAUGGCAUCCUGUUCCCCAGGGAGAAAGAGGCAGCGUUUGCGAACUACCGUAUGUGGGAGUCUCUUGGUUUUGUCAUCGCCUUCGCCUACAGCACCUUCUUGUGCCUGGAGUAUAAACUGUACAUCCUUCUAGCAGUUCUGGUGCUGACCAUGGUCACCUAUCCCAUAGUGGAGUACCAUGAAUAUAAGAAUCCUACGCCGCCCAUUGAGGAGGGGGCUUACACAUCACACAAAGGACAGAUAGAUGAGGACAAUAUCAUAAGCCAGACACAACUAUAAACACUACAUGUCAAGUGUUUUAAAAAAAUGUUUAUUAUUGACCCUGGUCUGGCCGUUAUCUGCCGAAAAUCAGGUGUCUGAUGCUGAUGCCACUUUGUUGAAAAAUACUUGAUAAUGCCACACUGAAUAAACUCAAAGAUAUGUGAUGAGAACAAUGGAGGGAUAUUAAAGGGGCAGUCAGAAGCUUGUCUACGUGCUUUGACAGGUAACACUGACUUUAUUAUUAUUUUUUUAUUGCAGCCUUCCCCUGAAAUCCCUUGUGGAUUAGUGACCUCUCAUGUGGUGGGUUUUUAUCCACCCGUUUUUUAUGCACAAUUUAACAUUUUGCACAUGAAAAACUUUUGAAAAAAAUAUUUGGCUGACAUGGAAAAGUUCAUGUAAAGAUAAAAGAUAUAAAGAUAAAAGCAAAAUUCAAGGAAGACAGAUGAUGAUCAGUCAUUUCCACAUAAAGAUAAAGGACAUUUUUACAAGAUAAAAACAUAAAAUCAUAAAAAGAGAAGCCUGUGUUUACGGACAUUAAGUUUUCUGACUGGAGCGCUUUAUAAUUAUGUCUUUAAUUACUACACCAUCUUCUUCUCUGAUGGUUUUGUGGCACCUGACUGGAAAAUUUGCUGCAGCAUGUGUUCAUCUUGACAAACCCAACUCAUUAUAUUCACAUAAUGGAUUGGAAAACCACAACACAAAAUACUAUGUUUACACUAUAAAUUAAAUGAUCUGAUCUCGUUUUCUAUGGUAGGUUAUCUCGGACGAGCCCCCAAAAAUGUUACGAUCUCAAGAGUGUUUAAAGGAUGGGGGGAGUAACAAUUGAGAUAAUCUGGGAAAAACUAUUGGAUGACUGAAAUAUAAAUAUAAAUACAAAACCAAUAGUUUAUUGACUACUUAACCUUUGUGUUGUCCUCCCGGGUCAAAUUGACCCCGUUUGUUUUGCCUGUUCCUUCCUUCCUUCCUUCCUUCUGUCCAUCCUUCCUCCCUCCCUCCUUUUCUCUUUCUUUCCUCCCCCCUACCUUCCUCCCUUCCUUCUUUCCUCUGUCCUCUUUUUCCUUCCUUCCUCCCUUCCUCUUUUCCUUUCUCCCUCCCUCCCUCUUUCCUACUUUCCUCCCUACCUCCUACCUUCCUUUCCUUCUUUCUUUCCUCCAUCCUUCCUCCCUUCCUUUUUUCCUUUCUUCCCUUCCUUCCUCCCUCCCUCCUUCCUUCCUCCCUCCUUUCCUUUCUCAUUCCCUCCUUCCUUCCUUCCUUCUUCUACCCUUCCUUUCUUCCCUGACUCAAGGACAACAGGAGGAUUAAAGAAGUUAAGUUUUUGUUAAGUUUUUGUAUGUAUUUGUCCAUAUUUUACUGUAUAAGUUUUUAUGUUGUAUGUCUUGCAAUAGGAGGGCCACCCAACAAUAACUUAUGAGUUUUAUUGGCUCCUCCUGCACAUUUCUCUUUUGUUAGUUAUUGUUUUCUUUUCCUAAUCUCACAAAAUUCUGCUUGUAUUAUUUUUUUCUUUUAUGUGCAAUAAAUCAAAUGUAAAUCUAAAUCUAAAGAAGGGAUUGGCAACUCAAUUACAAUUAACAGAAAGCGAGCUUCACCAAGAAACAAAAACAAGAAACCUAUCUAGUUGUUAACUGAAAAGUGAAAGUUAUCCAUUAACAAGAAGCACUAUCUGAACUCAACCAUAAGAACACAAACGGGUGACUCACUGGUACCAGCUACACCUCUCCUUGGAGCUUUUAUACAGAUUUUCCUAAGGCACAAAGCAGUAUUGUUUCAUAUAUUUUUUAUAAAUGUUGCUCUACUGUAACCAACAUACUGAAAUGAUAUUGUAUAUGUAAAUCUUUAAAGUUGAAAACUGCAGAAUUAAACACAUUUCCAAGAUA